UUAUCGGAUCGUAUCAGCACCCUACUUAACACUAUAUUCUCUUCACCCAACAAAGCCGUCAGGCUGCCCCAAAUCGGUAUAAUCGGCUAUGUCGAGACGGCUUUGGCAGUCGCACGUCUUCAGGAUUUAUGUCAGGCGUACACGUUCGCUUCUAGUGAACUAGCCAUCCCCUUGGUCUGUCUUGUCUUCGGUUCAGAUGACUUUUGCGUCAGUAUGGGUGUCCAACGCAGUUCCACUAAUGUUGAAGUACUUUAUUCUCGACAGCAAGUCGCUUUGAUAGCCAAGGCCUACGGCAUCGCUUCAAUCGACAUGGUUGAUAUCAAUUUAUCAGGUUGGUUGUGCAAUUUUUCCUUCUGA